AUGCCGAAACGAGUGCUGUGCUCAUAUGGUAUCGACAUUGAUGCAGUAAGCGGAUGGCUGAAUACCAAGAACGGAGACCCAGCCAAUCCAACCGACGUAUCCCGCGGCGUCUUUGGUGCUACCGUGGGUAUUGAUCGUCUGCUUAAACUCCUAGACAAGUACCAGAUCAAAGCCACUUGGUUCACGCCCGCGCACACAGCAGAAUCAUUUCCAGAGCAGAUCCGCAAGAUAAUCGACCAAGGCCACGAAAUAGGCCUUCACGGCUACACUCACGAGUUUGUCUCUACACUCAGCGAGCAACAACAACGAGACGUAUUAGCAAAGAGCAUCCAAGUCCUAACCGACAUGGUUGGCAAAAAGCCCCGGGGCUGGACAGCCCCAGCCUGGAGCACCAGCAAAGAAACCGUAGCCCUCCUCGAGGAAUUCGGCAUUGAAUACGACCACUCCUUCAUGCACCACGACUCGCAACCCUACUACCUCCCCUCCCCCCACCUAACCACCGCCACGCCCACCUGCACCUCUCAACCGGCCUCGCACUGGAUGCACCCCAUGACGUCCCUCAUCCCCUCGUCCAUUGUCGAAAUCCCCGCAAACUGGCAUCUAGACGACUGGCCGCCCUUCCAACUAUCCCUCUCGCAACCCAGCACGCACGGCUACGUCGACACAGCCACCAUUGAGCGGCUGUGGAAAGAGCAGUUUGAGUAUUUGUACCGCGAGUGUCCUAGUAAUGCGAGUUUUUGUUUUCCGAUUAGUAUUCAUCCGCAGGUUAGUGGGAAGCCGCAGGUGGUGCUGUUGCAUGAAAGGUUUAUUGAGUGGGUUAAUGGGCACGAGGGGGUCGAGUGGGUUACGAUGGGAGGUGUUGUAGAUGAGUUUAAGGCGGGGAGGAUCGGGGGUGCGAGCGUGAGGGGUGGGGUUAGGGUUGGGGUCAGGGCGAAGUUGUGA